AUGGAGCAAUAUAACAAGAAAGAGGAUGUUCUCAAGCUAGGCAUCGCGACCCAGAACUCGAAGAACCCACCCCCUCCAAUGGACCUUUCGGGACCCAUUGAGCCAGUCCGCCAAAUAGUUGCGGCAAUGGAGAAAACCGCAUAUGAUUCCUGUCCCAGCUUCGACACCCAGGAAACAGUGAUUGAUAUCCCGAUGCGCGAUGGACAUCAGAGCAAUCUCCACAUCGUCAAGCCGGGCAACUCAUCCGGGGCAAACCCGGUGGUUGUCCUGAUCUUCGGCGGAGCGUUUGUCAUGGGCAGCAACAUCCAAUCGAUUGUCUGGGCCCGCACGAUCGCAGCGCUGUACGGUGCCACCGUGGUCCAGCCGUCCUAUCGCCUAGCACCGGAGCACAAGUUUCCGACAGCCCCGAACGACAUCUGGGACAGUGUGCAGUGGAUAGCAGCCAACGCGUCUGCGCUUGACGCUGACCUGACGAAAGGGUUUGUGCUAGGUGGUGGAUCAGCCGGCGGAAACCUUGCAAUUGUGACAGCACAUCGCGCAGUGAAAGAGAAGCUCUCGCCGCCGAUCACGGGCGUCCUGGCCAGCAUCCCAGUGUGUAUGAGCCAAGAGACCGUGCCGGAGAAAUACAAGGAGCUUUGGGUAUCUCGGGAGCAAAAUGGGUAUGCUCCUGGGAAUCCCGGUUUAGAUGCCAAAUCGGUCAAAGGAUAUGAGGCUCUGUACCAGCAGGAUCUCCUGUCUGAGGACUUUUCGCCCUUUAACUCGACAGUGCCGUUCUCUGCGCUUCCGCGAACGUAUGUUCAGGUCGCGGGGCUGGAUAUUCUCCGCGAUGACGGCAUUGUCUAUGCGAAGGUUCUGGGAGAUAAUGGCGUUGAGGUGAGGCUUGAUGCUUAUCCUGGCGUGCCGCAUGGCCAUUUUAAUUUAUGGCCGCAUUUGAAGCAGUCGAUCAAGUCACAGGAGGAUACUAUCUGGCAUUUUGGAUGGCUUUUGCAUCGACCGGUGUCCAGGGAAAGGGUGGAAGGCAUUGUAGCUCUGACUCGAAAAUGA